GGAAGGGACAGGUUAUCUCCCUCAUAGCUCCCCAGACUCAGAGACAGCCCUUACCUUCAUCCCAGCAGGUUCUCAGGACCCUCUGCUAAAGCACCAUGAAGUUCUUCGUCCUCACACUGGCCUUGGCCGUCCUGACAGGCACUUGGGCUUCUGUCCGCAGAGGUGAGCCGAAUCCCAAGCUGGAGCAGCUAAUCGAGCAGUGGAAAAGGGAAUGGGAACACGUUCGCAGAACAGCGCAAGGGAAACUGGACUUGAUUGAAAGAUCGGAGGCGGCCAGGGAGCUUAGUGACUUGAUUAAAUCUGGCUUUCAUAACAUUGGGAUGCGCUUGUACACCCUGGAAGAAGAGUUACCUGCUGAGGUCAUACAAACCCUGGAGAUGCUUUACAGUUUGCCAUACGAUGCUGCAAGUAACGCUGUCACCGUUCUAUUUGCCCUGCAAGACUAUGGAAGGCGUGACUUAGAAGAGCUCGGCGAAGCACUGCAAUCUGCCCUGGCGGGUUACGUGGAUCCCGUCCUAGAAAGGGUGCGUCCGUACGCAGCAACCGUUCGCAGUGCCGUCAUCGCCAGAGCCCAGGAGAUCAGCCUUAAGAUGGAUGAGAAGAUACCGCAGCAAAUUCAAACUCUGAAAGCCCAGCUGGAGCCACACAUCAAGGAGUUUCAAGAAUUCCAAGCAUCCCAUCAGCCCUAUCUUGACCACGCCCAGGAGCUGUUCAAAAAAGGAGCGGAGACAAUUCACAAGCACUUAAUGAAGCCAUACGUUACUCCCGUUCUGGAGAUGUACCAAAAAUUCAAUAAUGACUUAUGGGCAUGACCUGUGUUGUCCCCAAGGGCGUGAUUUUUCUCACAAGUAACAGAGAAUGACACCUUACCCCGCAUCUAAACAGAGAUCAGAAUAAAAGGGCAUACUGGUA